AAUCCCCUGAGUUACCAAGGUCUAUUCUCAGGCCUAUGUCUGGGAAUUUCCACAGCGCUACACAAUAGGUUUGUUGUUCACCACGUAUGCUCUAACGCCUCCUACAUAUUACUUGGACAUUGUGGUUGGAAAACACCUAUGCCACAAGUUAUGUAUGAGGCCUGAGUUGUCUGUCUCUGUUUCUAAGUGCAUGUUUCUGUGUGUCUGUGUGGCCAUGCAGCAGCAGCUGCCAGUGUACCACCCCACGCCCAGUCAGGCCCGCAUGGCCAGCCAGCUGCCAGUGUACCACCCCACGCCCAGCCAGGCCCGCAUGGCCAGCCAGCUGACUGAGGAGGAGCAGGUCCGCAUUGCCCAACGCAUCGGCCUCAUCCACCACCUUCCCCAAGGGAGUGUACGACGCUGGCAGGGAUGGCUCCGAAAAGAAAAUUAGAGAGUGAGUACCGCCGGCAACAGCACUCAAACACAACACAUCUCCAAGCAUUAAAAUACACAUUUUUUUUAUCAUGUUGGAUGAAUAUGCCUCGUACUGAAUGACAAUAGGCAUCUGCGUAAUCUCUGUAUACACAUGCAUAUCACUUACUGUUGCUGAAUGUCAAUUUGUACUAAAGAAAUACAAAUACUGAUACACACAUUGUUGUCUCCCCAUCUGUGCAGGUGUGUGAUUUGCAUGAUGGACUUUGUGUAUGGAGACCCCAUCCGGUUCCUGCCCUGCAUGCACAUCUACCACAUGGACUGUAUAGAUGACUGGCUGAUGCGCUCCUUCACCUGCCCCUCCUGCAUGGAGCCAGUGGAUGCUGCGCUGCUCUCCUCUUACGAGACCAAU